AUGCCUAGUCCAUUCGAUAUUGUCGAUUCGGCUAAUCGUGAAUUCGAAAAAUUGUUUAAUGAAGGAAAACUUAGUGAAUUAGUUAAAUUAUAUUCAGAUGAUGGUAAACUAUUACCACCCGAUAAAAACGUCUAUGAUGGACAUGAGGCUAUUCAAAAAUUUUGGCAGGGUGCUACAGCUGCCGGUGUGAAAGAUAUUAAAUUGACGACAGGAAAUGUAUUAGAAGCUGGUGAUUAUCUUAUUGAAACAAGUUCAUACAAACAUAGUCUUGAUCAUGGAAAUUUUCAAGUUAUAUGGAAAAAGAAUUCGGAUGGCAAAUGGCAGCUUCAUAUUGACAUAUUUAAUUGA